AUGAACAAGGAUGAAACCUAUGGUGUCAAAGACAAGUGUCUUCGUUUAACCAACGCUAUGAUCUGUAAAAUGGAAAUGCUUGAUCAGCUGCCAGAGGAAGAUUGCAUUACAAGACUUUUGAAGGGUGGCAAAACAGCUUGCCGCUAUGUAACCAGUUCUGAAUCAAAAGUCGAAUUACUUAAAGAUGACACAAUAUUCUUGGAUAACUUUAACAAUGACGACGGAAGACGAGAGACGCGACGUGUUACCAUUCAUACCGUACGUACUCGUGCCUCGGAAGAGGAUGUCGGAGAUAAAUCUUCAACAUGCGGCACAUUAUUAAUAUUCCUGUCGGUGGCACUGGUGAUUCUAACACUACCUUUUAGUUUAUUUGUCUGCUUUAAAGUGGUACAAGAAUACGAAAGAGCUGUUAUCUUUAGACUGGGACGUUUAAUGCAAGGUGGAGCCAAGGGACCGGGUAUAUUCUUCAUUCUGCCGUGCAUCGAUUCAUACGCUCGUGUGGACUUACGUACACGUACUUAUGAUGUACCACCACAAGAG